AAUAAUUCUAAGAAUCAUCCUAGUGAUGACACGUGGGUACAAAAAGAAGUUGUAAUGUUUCACAAAUAAUAUAUAGGGGAUAAAUACUAUUUCUAUUAUGACUUCAAACUAAAGACACCAAAACUUUCUCUUAUUAGCCUAUUCACUAAUUUCUUUGUUCAACCACCCUAAACCUCUACUCUCAAGUCUCAACCUUAAAAUCUCCUUCAUCAACUUUUGCUAUUAGAAAUCUCGAUACAAUGUCGUCUCCAAGUUACCACACAAACAUCUUCUGCAAGUAUCUCGUGAUCUUAUGCGUGAUCGCAAUCUUCUUCAUUCUCGUCUUUUAUGACCAAACCUACAUCAAUUCAUUCGACAGUAACAUAUCCACCAUAAAAUGUCAAGAGGGGCUCUUACAGCCUAAGGGGACAACUACGAACUUGAGCCACUUGAUGUUUGUGUUGGUAGGGAGCUCAUGUACGUGGAAGAAUCGCAGAACUUACACAGAAUCAUGGUGGAGACCAAACGUCACACGAGGAAAUCUCUUUUUGGACGUGGAGCCGUCGAAGGAGUUCCAGCCUUGGUCUCCGACCUUACCGCCGUUUAAAGUCAACGAAGACCUCAAGAAACUGAGAAUCUACCCGAAGCUUGCAAACCCAGUUCACGUUCGUAUCUAUAGAUCUAUUCUCGACACUUAUUACAAGCUCAAACAAAACGAUGGUGUGAGAUGGUACGUCAUUUAAUUUAAUAUAUUAUACUCACUACUUAAAUCUUCUUACCAAAUUGAGAUAUAUUUCUAUUUUAGGAUAUUCAACUCUGAAUUUUAUACAAUCACAAAUUUUUAUAUUCAAUAUCAGGUUGAUUAAACAAUAAUUUUCUGUUACACAAAUAAAUUUUUUUUUACUGAAUUAAGAGUAAUGUUACAAAUUUAGUUAAAUUAUUAUAUAAACAUAUUCGAACAAAUAUUAGUCAAAUAAAUUUGAACAUUUGUUUUUACAUCCCAUUUUUUUUUUAAAAACUUUUCUUUUUCAAUCUUUAUCAGAAAACUUGUGAUCUUAAAACUCUAAAAAACUUAUCAUCUAACUUCAAUCUUGUCCAAAAUAGGUAUGUGAUGGGUGAUGACGAUAGUCUUUUAUUCGUAGACAACAUAGUGGAUGUGUUAUCGAAAUACGACCACACCAAAAAACAUUACAUUGGAACGUUUUCGGAGACGAUAAAAUCAAAUGUUCGCUUCUCUUUUGACAUGGCAUACGGAGGAGCAGGAUAUGCUCUAAGUUAUCCUCUGGUGGAAGCUUUGGUGGCAAAACUAGAUGAAUGUAUUGAAAGGUAUCAUUUUAUUUGGGCAGGUGACCAAUUACAAAGCUUUUGUUUAGCUGAUAUGGGCGUCGAUGUUAUACACGAGAAAGGAUUUCAUCAGGUAGUAACAAAUAAUUCAUCCGUUAGUUUUAGUUUUUUUUUGUUUAACGUGAUAAUUUUUACGUUUUAUGCAUUAAGAAACAAUGGUAAAUGGACAAUUCUCUCAGAUAGUCAUUUUAAGUUUUUUUCACAAAAAUAGCUUUCAGAAAAGAAAAUGACCAAAUAGCUCAUUUUUGUUUUGGAAAUUUUAAUUUUUUUUUAAUUUGAAACUAUAUCCCUAAAACUCCACCCUUUAACU